AUGGAGAGCAAGAGCAAUUCGCUCUUGGUGGUCGCUGGGCUCCUCCUGGCAGCUGCUGUGGACGCCGGAGAAGGGUGCGCGGCGUGGCGGAGGCUGGAGAACACGGUGGAGCCGGAGCUGGACUACCAGGUCCGAAGCCUUGCUCUAUCUCCUGGUGAUAUCAGGCCGGACGUGUACAAGCCAAACAAGCCGGUGUGCAUCCCGGGUCAAGGCUGUGCUAAACCUGGAGAGCGCUACACACCUCAUUCCGGCUAUGAGUGUAGACACUACAACAGAGAAGCGGGCUGCUAG